UCGCAGAGACAAAACAAUAGUCUCCAAAGGUAGAAAACUAGAAACAAACAAAGAAAAGAAAACUACACUGUACGAUAAUGUCAAUGUAGAGAGAGAGUCUCUUGUUUUACAGAGAGAAACUCUUUAGAGAGAGAAAAUCAGCGGCAGGCACCAGAAGAUGAAGCUAACACCCAAACCAUACCAGAUUUUGCAUUUUAAUCUAAAUCUUCAUCGCUCUUAGAUCCAUUCCACCUUCAAACGAUUGGGGUUGUUCUUGCACAUCAUGAUUUUUACUGGGUCAACUGGUUGAGAACGCAGAAGAAAGAGAAAUUGUGAAGAGAAGGGUUUGAUCAUGACCCUUCAAUGAGUCACAUACCCUCGUAGCUAAAGAGUUAAAAUCGCGUUCUUUUUUGUGGGUUUCGUGGAAUUUGUGCAUGUGGGUCGUUUUAAUUCGCUUCGAUUGCUGAGGUAAUUCACCUUCUAGUUCAAUUCAAAAUUGGGUUUUCGUCUGAUUGCGUAAAAGAAGAGUCUUUUGAGGUGGCUAAACGAGUUUUGAUGAGCUAUGGGGGAGCAUGUAGCAGCGUUGCACACUGCUACAAACGCUUUGCAAGCAUUAGGGAGGGGUUUUGAUGUGAACUUCGAUACGAGGUUGCUUUAUUGUAAAGGAGUUUCAGGGUCUAGGGUAGUUGAGAUUGAUGAAGAACACCACAGGAACCUGUGUUUGCAUGAUGAUGUGGUUGUUCCCACCGUUUCCUGGGACAUUGGAAGCUUUCCGGAGCCCGUGCUGCGUCAGAGUUCUGGAGUCCGAAGUUUCCAAGAGAUGGUGGACUACUUUAACGAAAGGGCAAAUAUCUCAGGGAGCUUUCCUCUUGGGAGCUUUAACUCUGCAUUUAGCUUUACUGGUUCAAAAGAUGUUGAUGCUGCAGCCACAAAAACCUUGUCUUCAGAUGGGUUUUAUAUUCCCCUCGCAAAGGUUCAGCUUAAAAAAUCCCGCUUGAUCUUGCAAGAAAAUGUCAAAAAGGCUGUACCAGUCAAUUGGGACCCACUGUCCUUGGCAAGUUUUAUUGAAAAUUUUGGGACACAUGUCAUUACGUCAAUAACUAUUGGUGGUAAAGAUGUUAUUUAUGUUAAACAACACCAUACUUCUCCUUUGUCAAAGUUGGAGAUUAAAAACUAUAUUGAGGAUAUUGGAAAUCAGAGGUUCUCGGACAUCAAUAGCCAUACAAGUUCAGGUCAAACAAAGUCCAAGGAUAAGGGUGUUGAUCCCUUUUCAUUCAAUAGUCAAGGGAUUUACCCUCAACCCACGAGUGCAACAUAUCCUACUGGGAAAGAGGAUGUCACAGUCAUUUUUAGAAGAAGAGGAGGAGAUGAUUUGGAACAAAAUCACAGUAAAUGGUUAAAAACCAUCAAGUCCUCCCCGGAUAUUAUUGAGAUGACUUUCUGUCCUAUAACUGAUCUGCUUGAUGAAAUACCUGGCAAGGAGCAUUUGACUCGGGCCAUUGGUCUUUAUCUUGAAUAUAAACCACCAAUUGAAGAACUUAGGUAUUUUCUAGAGUUUCAAAUUCCUCGUGUUUGGGCUCCUUUACAGGACAGGAUUCCUGGUCAACAAAGGAAGGAACCUGUGUGCCCAUCUUUACAAUUCAGCAUAAUGGGCCAGAAACUUUAUGUCAGUCAAGAACAGAUUACAGUUGGACGUAGGCCAGUAACUGGCUUACGCCUUUGUCUAGAGGGAAGCAAGCAGAAUCGGCUUAGUGUUCAUGUUCAACACUUGGUAUCCCUUCCAAAGAUUCUUCAUCCAUAUUGGGACAGCCAUGUAGCCAUUGGUGCUCCCAAGUGGCAGGGACCGGAGGAACAAGACAGCCGGUGGUUUGAGCCUGUUAAGUGGAAGAAUUUUUCUCAUGUGAGCACUGCACCAAUUGAGAACCCUGAAACCUUCAUAGGAGACUUCUCUGGUGUUUACAUAGUUACUGGAGCACAGCUUGGAGUGUGGGAUUUUGGAUCACGGAAUGUUUUGUACAUGAAGCUCUUGUAUUCAAGGUUACCCGGCUGCACGAUUCGAAGAUCACUGUGGGAUCAAAUCCCAAGCAAGUCACAAAAAACUCUGAAUCCUGGAAACACUUCCAACCCAGAUAACUUCACCCUUGGUUCUAGAGAAAACAACACCUCAGGGAACAAGUUGGUGAAGUAUGUUGAUUUGUCUGAGAUGAUCAAAGGACCCCAAGAUCCUCCUGGCCAUUGGUUAGUUACUGGUGGAAAGCUUGGGGUUGAAAAAGGGAAAAUUGUUUUGAGAGUGAAAUAUUCAUUGCUUAAUUACUGAUUUAACACCUUCCAAGUUUGUGUAUGAGGAUGUGGAGUGGUGGCCUGUGUUAGAAGAAAAGCAGUGUUGUAGGUGCCUAUAAUUUGCCCUUCUUGUCACAUGUAAAAACAUUUUGUGGUUUGAUGACCUGAGUUGAAUAGGAAGCUUUUACUGCUAGUUGAUUUAUUAUUAGUGGAUGCAUAUUGUGGUGGCAAAUGCUGUUUCCGUUGCUGCUGCUCAUGUGAUGUCCAUGUUUCAUAGGAGUUAGAACCUGUUUCCACCAUGCCCCCAUUUAAGUAAUGUUUAUAGCCUUAUAGACUGAGAAUACAAAUUGACAAAAUCCUUCACUGCCCCUUUCUCUAUAACAAAAAAAGAGGAUAGCAGAAAGUAGGAAAAGUUGUUUAUUUAAGUCCUGAACAUUCUUAUCAUCUAUGUUCUCAUUUAUGGGAUAUUCCCUAACCAUUUGUGC